AUGAUUGAGACAAACAAUUUGACAGAAGGUGAAAUACAGAUGAAAACUUAUCAAGAACUGGCAUGUUCCCCGUUGUUUACUGGUGGAUUACAACAACAAUUGUUUCAUCUCGCAGUAGUAAAUAUGAUCUUCUCUCUCACAGCAUUUUUUGGUAAUUCUCUAAUCCUUGUUGCCCUUCACAAAGAAUCCUCUCUUCAUCCGCCAUCCAAACUCUUGUACCGUUGUCUGGCAACAACUGAUCUGUUGGUAGGAAUUAUUACCCAGCCUCUCUAUGCUAUUUAUCGGAUGUCCAUGGUUUAUGAACAUUGGAAUCUUUGUCGAUACACAAGGGGCGCCAGCUAUUUAACAAGCUAUACAUUAUGUGGGGUAUCUGUGUUGACAAUGACGGCCAUUAGUGUGGACAGACUUCUCGCCCUGUUGCUGGGGCUUAAAUAUCAACAGAUUGUGACUUUGAAACGCACAUAUAUUUCUUUAGCUGUCGUUUGGGUUUUAUCUAGUGCCGCUGCCUUAUGCUACAUUUUAGAUUACCGUAUAACCUUAUGGUAUGGAUAUUUCUUGGUUCCAUCUUGUCUGGUGAUCUUAAUUGGCUCGUACACAAAGAUUUUUCGCACCCUCAGCCAUCAUCAGGCACAACUACAAGAUCGUGUUCAACAACAGGAGAGCCAACCAAAUACACUUAACAUUUCGCGAUACAGAAAGGCGGUGAACAGUGCACUAUGGGUGGUUUCAGCUUCAGUUGUUUGUUAUGCUCCGUAUAUCAUACUUGAAAUUGUGACGGCUCGUAAGAAAAUAUUUUCAUCAGAUCUAAUCAACACCAGAGGAAUAGCAAUAACCUUACUUUACUUCAAUUCAACGUUAAAUCCAUUUCUUUACUGCUGGAAGAUUAGUGAAGUGAGACAAGCAGUAAAGCAGACAAUUAGACAAACGCUUUGCUGUCCAUGGAGUUAGAACCCUUUUGAAUU